AGCCUUUGCACACACCACUUUAGUUUCAAUUUCAAAUUCUCUGUAAAACAAAUGGCAUGGCGGCACCGAGGAGGCACUGGCCUGUGAUGGCUUCGAUUCUCCGUUGGGGUUGGAGAGCUCUGAGUGGGAACUGCCCGUCCUUCACCUCCCAGAGACCAUUCACUCUCGGGGUCCCUGCUUUAAUCCGAAUGCAUGCGAUUCCCAAACCGAAAACCGUGGACCGAUGGACGGAGAAGAGAGCGAUGUUUGGCAUGUACGAUAACGUGGGGAUUCUCGGCGGUUUCACCGUGCACCCCCGCUCUCUGAUCCGGGGCCCGGUCUGGCUUCGAGGUUUCAGGGGGAACGAGUUACAGCGCUGCCUGAGAAAGAGACGCUUUGUGGGCGAGCGAAUGUUCGAGGACGACCUUCAUAACCUCAACAAGAGAAUCCGCUUCCUCUACAAACGUUUCAAUCGAUACGGGAAAAUGCGCUAGAACGGCAGACUGUCAAUAAAGGCCAGCUCUCUCCCGAAAAAGAAAACUUGUGACAGCAUUUCUCAAUCGGGACUUUGAGAGCUCCUGUAGCUCCAGACCUCUCAAACCUUCCUUCUCCUGGUCACAUUUCUCUACAUGAAACUGUUAAAUAAAUGCAAAUUGUUAUAUAA